CCCGGAGAUUCUUCGUCUCAUGGCUCAGCUUGGAAAUGGUUUCGACUGUGCUUCCAAGUCUGAGAUUGACCUGGCCCUCGCGACCGGUAUCGACCCCAGCCGCAUCAUUUACGCGCAGCCUUGCAAGACCAAGUCGUACUUGCGCUAUGCGGCCCAGGCUGGAGUGAAGCAGAUGACUUUUGACAACGCGGACGAGCUCUACAAGAUCAAGGCGUGUUUCCCGGACGCUGAGCUGUACCUGCGCAUUUUGACGGAUGACUCAACUAGCCUGUGUCGUUUGAGCAUGAAAUUUGGCGCAUCCUUGGACGUUGCGCGCGAACUCCUCGAAUUGGCCGCGCAGCUUGAGCUCAAGGUGGUUGGCGUGAGCUUCCACGUCGGCUCGGGCGCCGAGGACCCAAGCGCGUUCGUCAAAGCCGUCCAGGAUGCGCGCAUGGUGUUCGACCAGGCGGUGGAAGUGGGCCACGACCUUCACACUUUGGAUGUGGGCGGUGGUUUUAGCCAUGACACGUUUGAGAAGUUCGCUGGCUAUCUGGGCGAGGCGCUUGAUGCCUACUUCCCGCCUCAUGUCCGUAUCAUCGCCGAGCCCGGUCGCUACUAUGUGGCCAAUGCUUUUACCUUGGCGGCCAACGUCAUUGCGCGUCGCGACAUCCCUGACCCGACCGAUUCCACGCGCGACGCGUACAUGGUCUAUCUCAACGAUGGCGUGUACGGCAACUUCUCUAACAUUAUCUUCGACCACCAGCAUCCGAUAGCGCAGAUCCUUUCCUGUGCGAAUGGCAUCGACCGCUCCGCUGAAGGCAUUCACUACUCCAUCUGGGGACCUACCUGCGAUGGUAUCGAUGUCAUCACCCAGCACAUCGAGCUUCCCGGAAUGUUGGACGUCGGAGACUGGCUGUUCUUCGAGGAGAUGGGGGCAUACACUAAGUGCAGCGCGACGCGUUUCAACGGCUUCUCCGACAACCACGAGGUGAUCUACAUCUCUAGCGAAGCUGGAGCAUCUGCUCUUCUUGAUUAUUAAUAUGUUUUAUACUGUGCUUUGUUUCCUUGUAUGUUUGUUGUUGGCCCUGUGG